CCGUUCACCAUUAGACUCUUCCACGCCUUGGGAGAACUGUAGCCAGCAGCCCAAUAAAAACACCAACGACUCCAAACCCCACCUUCUAAGCCUUCUCUCUCUCUCUCUCUCUCUCUCUUUCUGAAAGAGUCUUUCACACAACCUCGAGUCCUCGACCCAUAUCCCCACUGGCCAAUUCAUUCUCAACUAGCGCAAGCUUCAUCUCCUCCGUUCAUCGAGGCCAAAAUUAAUCCAAAAGGAAAAUCCAAGAAGACCCAUUUUCCUUUCCUGAUCUGAUCUUUCAUUAGAGCCAACCAUAACAAAGAAUUUGAAGGUUGGUCCGCCGUGGUUAUGGCGGACUUAGUGAAGCAAAUCUUGGCAAGGCCGAUCCAACUAGCUGACCAAGUCGGCAAGGCUGCUGACGAGGUUAGUUCCUUCAAGCAAGAAUGUGCGGAACUCAAGGCCAAGACAGAGAAGCUUGCCGGGCUGCUCCGCCAGGCCGCCCGAGCCAGCUCCGAACUCUACGAGCGCCCCGCGCGGCGGAUUAUCGACGACACCGAGCAAGUCAUCGAUAAGGCUCUGACCCUCGUGCUCAAAUGCCGCGUCAACGGCAUAGUCAAGCGCGUGUUCACCAUCAUCCCCACUGCUGCCUUUCGCAAGAUGUCUGCUCAGCUCGAGAAUUCGAUCGGCGACGUUUCGUGGCUGCUCCGUGUGUCGGCACCGGCUGAGGAUCGCGGCGACGAGUACUUGGGUCUGCCUCCUAUAGCAGCAAACGAGCCAAUUCUGUGUCUCAUAUGGGAACAGAUUGCGAUUCUGUCUACGGGUUCGCUCGAGGACCGAUCCGAUGCCGCGGCUUCGCUGGUUUCGCUUGCCCGGGACAAUGAUCGGUAUGGGAAGCUGAUCAUAGAGGAAGGUGGGAUCGGACCCUUGUUGAAAUUGAUCAAAGAGGGCAAACUGGAAGCACAAGAAAACGCUGCGAAAGCAAUUGGGCUACUGGGACGCGAUACGGAAAGCAUCGAGCACAUGAUCCACGCGGGUGUAUGUUCGGUGUUUGGGAAAAUCCUCAAAGAAGGUCCCAUGAAAGUCCAGGCUGUAGUGGCUUGGGCUGUUUCGGAGCUUGCAGCUAAUUACCCCAAGUGUCAGGAUCUUUUUGCCCAGCACAAUAUAAUCCGUUUGCUGGUGAGCCAUCUCGCGUUUGAGACCGUUGAAGAGCACAGUAAGUAUGCCAUUAGUAGCAUCAGAGCCGCCUCCAUACAUGCGGUUGUAAUGGCAACUAAUUCUCCAAACGGCAAGAAUAUGAACAAGGCAAUUGACGAAGAUGACAAGCAAUGUUACAAUCAAAUUCCUCACCCCACGGGGAAUAAGGCCCCCAGUCAGAUGUACAAUGUGGUGGCGAAUACCGUGGCGAUGAGGAUCCAGUCCAAGCUACUCCAACCACAAGGUAAUGAUUCAACUCAAGCCAACCACAGCACAAGCAACAACCAUAACAACAAUGUGAAGCAGAAUCAUCUACUCCAUCAACCCCACCACCAGCAAAACGUUUCUCUUUCGGGUAGUAGUCUCAAUCUUAAGGGGAGGGAAUUGGAAGACCCUGCUACCAAGGCCAACAUGAAAGCAAUGGCAGCAAAAGCCCUUUGGCACCUUUCCAUAGAAAACCCAGCCAUCUGCCGCAGCAUCACUGAGUCAAGAGCACUGUUAUGCUUCGCAGUUCUACUGGAGAAAGGGCCUGAAGAUGUCAAAUACCAUUCUGCCAUGGCGUUGAUGGAGAUCACUGCAGUGGCCGAGAAAGAUGCUGACUUGAGAAGAUCUGCAUUCAAGCCCAGUUCACCUGCCUGCAAAGCUGUUGUUGACCAGUUGCUAAAGAUCAUUGAGGAGGCAAAUUCAGACCUCCUUAUCCCGUGCGUCAAGGCUAUUGGGAAUUUGGCAAGGACAUUCCGAGCAACGGAGACAAGGAUGAUCAGCCCGUUAGUGCGGCUUCUCGACGAGGGAGAAGCUGAGAUUGCCAGGGAGGCUUCAGUUGCUCUCUCAAGAUUUGCCUGCACAGAGAACUAUCUCCACCUUGAUCACUCAAAGGCAAUUAUAAGUGCUGGAGGGGCAAAGCACUUGAUCCAGCUGGUGUAUUUUGGUGAACAAAUUGUUCAAAAUUCGGCAUUGUUUCUGCUAUGCUACAUUUCCCUGCAUGUACCAGACAGCGAGGAACUUGCCCAGGCCGAGGUGCUCACUGUGCUUGAAUGGGCUUCCAAACAAUCUCACAUUGCCCAGGAUGAAAAACUGGAGACAUUGUUACAAGACUCCAAGAGCAAAUUGGAGCUUUAUCAAUCAAGACGGUCGAGGGCAUUCCAUUGAUUCAAUCAAUAAAAAAAUUAGUUUGUUGUGCAAGAAAAAAAAAAACCAUGUUUCCUAUAAUUUUCUCUGUUUUAUCAUUCUCAUGGAGUGUACAUACUUUAAUUUUAUUGUCUUCGAAAUUGCUUAGAAAUAGUUUCAAUCAUUUACAGAGCA